AGUUCACCUUCUGUCCGAGACCAUCCAGGGCGUGACGGCCACGGACACGGGAGUUCACUACCAGCAGUCCUGGCUCUGCAUACUGUGCAACCUGAAGAACCUCCAGCGCCGCCACGUGUGCAUCUCACGGCUGGAGAGGCCUCAGAACUGGGGGGAGAACUGCUGCGAGGUCCGUUAUGUCAUCCUGGUCCUGGGGCCGCUCAAGAUGAAGAGCACCAAGACGGCGAUGGAAUUGGGCAGGACGUUCGCCACGCUCUUCUCGGACAUCUCCUUCCGCCAGAAGCUUCUGGAGACCAAAACGCAGGAGGAGUUCAAGGAGGCUCUGGUGUUCCAGCGCCACCAGCUGACGGCGGCCAACCAGCAGCCCACCGCCGUGGGCAAGGAGGAGACCGACCCCCGCAGACACAAGCCCCUCAAGUGUACAGACUUCUUCCUCGCCGGCCGUGGGAUUUACGAGGACCUGUGUCGCCGCCUUCCUCUCUACGCCUCCGACUUCACAGAUGGCAUCGUGGGUAACAACAAGACCCUGUUGAAGUACAUGACCACGGCCAUCUUCCUGUACAUCGCCAUCCUGCUGCCCGCCAUUGCGCUGGGCUCGCUCAACGACGAGAGCACGCGCGGCGAGAUCGACGUGAGGAAGACCAUCAUCGGGCAGUCCAUCGGUGGCGUCAUCUACUCGCUGUUUGCCGGUUCGCCUCUGGUCAUCCCGCUCACCACCGCCCCCCUCGCCAUCUUUAUAAGUGUAAUCCGCGGUAUCUGUGAUGACUACCAGCUGGACUUCCCAGCCUUCUACGCCUGCAUCGGGCUGUGGAACUGCCUCUUCCUCAUCCUGGGGGGAGUCUUCAAUCUCAGUCUGGUCAUGAAACUCUUCAAAAGGUCGACAGAGGAGGUGAUCGCUCUGUUCAUCUCGAUUGCCUUUGUAGUGGACGCCGUCAAAGGAACGGUGAAAAUCUUCCAAAGGUACUACCACCCGCCCACGCUGGGCAACGCCAGUGCGUCGGACGCGUCUCACCGCGUCGCCGGGGCGGGGGUCAACGGGAGCGAAUUGGGCGUGGCCUCGGUGCUGCAGGCCCUGCCCGACUCGCUGAUCGACUGCACACGCGAGCGGCCCGUCCUCUGCCUGCUGCUCAUGAUGGGAACGCUGUGGAUAGGUUACACACUCUACCAGUUCAAGAGGAGUCCGUUCCUGCACGCCAAAGUGAGGGAGGUGUUGUCCGACUGCGCGCUGCCCAUCUCGGUUCUUCUCUUCUCCUUCAUCGGAUCAUACCUGUUUAGCGACAUCGAGCUUCCGGUGUUUAAAGUCCACAACAAGCCGACGUUCAGCGUGGCGCCGUUGGAGCGUCUGACGGCCUUGAACGUGCUGAGCGCCAUGGGCCUCGGCUUCCUGCUGGCUCUGCUCAUCUUCAUCGACCAGAACAUCGUCGUGUCGCUCACCAAUGCGCCCGAGAACAGGCUGCUGAAGGGCACGGCGUACCACUGGGACCUGAUGCUGUCAGGCCUGAUCAACAUCCUGAUGUCGGUUCUGGGGCUGCCCUGGAUGCACGCCGCCUUCCCGCACUCCACGCUGCACGUGCGCCAGCUUGCCUUCGUGGAACAGCGCGUGGAGGGAGGACACCUCUACGAGACUAUCGUGCAGGUGAAGGAGACGCGCGUGACGUCGCUGGCCGCCAACGUUUUCAUCGGCGCGUCGGUCUUCCUGCUGCCGCUGCCGCUGCAGUGGAUCCCCAAGCCGGUCCUCUACGGCCUCUUCCUCUACAUGGCGCUCACCUCCAUCGACGGCAACCAGAUGUGCGACCGCAUGGCCCUGCUGCUCAAGGAGCAGACGUCGUACCCGCCCACCCACUACAUCCGCAAAGUGCCCCAGAGGAAGAUCCACUACUUCACCUUCCUGCAGAUGAUGCAGCUGCUGGUGCUGUGCACGUUUGGCAUGUACCCCGUCCCCUACAUGAAGAUGAUCUUCCCCUUGGUCAUGAUCCUGCUCAUCCCCAUCAGGAACAGGGUGCUUCCUCACAUCAUUGAGGCCAAAUACUUGGACAUCAUGGAUGCCCAACAUAUGUAGCUGCAGAGGGCGGAAACGGCGCCAGAUGCAACCCAAAAGACCUGCCGCAAAAGGGCAAGGAAGAAGUGAUCUUUGAUUUUUGGUUUUUUGGUUGUUUUUUUUUAACGCCAAUCUGUGCAAAGGCGAAAAAGGAAGUCCAGCAGCGACUGUUGCCAAAGUGGGAACAUUCCAACAGGGCAGCAAAGUCGCCCGAGGAGCAAUUCCAGAACUCCUCCAUUUUACUGCAGUUGUCGUCUUUGUGUUUGCCUCCAGUACUCGGAACUACUCACUAAUGCCGUGUAAGUGGUCAACGGCGCAACGGCACAACCCCCUUUUUUCCCCACACCUGCGUGUUUUUCCACCGUGCUGGUGCUGGUGGUGUUUGGUCCACGUGACGUGUACUUAACACUGUGUUGGUGAGUAGUUGAAGACUAGAUCCAAAAGGUAGCGUGGCGUUUUUGGGGGUUUCUUUCUCCUCUUUAAGGCAUUCCCAUUCAUGUACCAUGGAGGAGGCGGGGCUUGUCUGGCCAUUAUGACUUCCUUGCCAUGCUCACACCUUUGUCCCUAAUAGUA